AUUAAACAACGCAAGCGCCUUGAGUCCGUCGCGAAGUGAGCUCCAGAUCCACCGACAGCGAGGGAGGAGCGAGCGUAAUCAGUUCACUCCGACUAGAAGGUCUAGGAGUGUAGUCGUUAGCGCUGUGUAAAAUCAGCGCCUCGUGGCUUAUAUCUGUACGCCAGUCCUGAACGGUUAAAUUCGCGCACUCUCGGUAUCUUUCCCUUCAGUCAUUGACGCAGUGAAUAACACAAGCAGAAUAGACGACGCAGUGAAGAAGCCAUACUUCAAUAUGCCAUCUGUCAAUGCAGAAGAAACCGCCUUGCUGGGCAUGGACGAUAUCGAGUUGAAGAAUAUCCAGCUGCAAUUCCCAAGUGCGCGACGCUUCAGCGGCGAGGGCGGAUGCGCUGAGACGCGCGUGCGCACCGACCGCGGCGACAUCCUAGUCGCCGUGCAGGGCGACCGCGCCAAACCCGCCAUUAUCACCUACCACGACCUCGGUCUCAACUAUGUAUGCUUCCAACCGUUCUUCAACUUCGUGGACAUGCGGGCGUUGAUGGAAAACUUCUGUGUGUACCACGUGAACGCGCCCGGACAGGAGGAAGGCGCUGCAAGUCUACCUGAGGACUACGUUUACCCAACAAUGGACGAGUUGGCCAACCAGAUCAACUACGUGCUUGGCCACUUUGGAAUAAAAUCUUUCAUCGGCUUCGGCGUCGGCGCUGGCGCUAACAUCCUCGCACGGUUUGCUCUUGCACACCCUUCCAAGGUGGAUGCAGUAGCCUUGGUAAACUGCACAUCAAGCCAAGCCGGCUGGAUCGAGUGGGCCUACCAGAAGAUGAACACCCGCUCGCUGCGCUCGCGCGGAAUGACUCAAGCAGUACUUGACUACUUGAUGUGGCACCACUUCGGCCGGUUCCCAGAAGAGCGCAACCAGGACCUCACUCAAAUGUAUCGCAUGUACUUCACACGCCACGUGAACCCGACCAACCUGUCGCUGUUCAUUGAUUCGUACAUCCGGCGCACAGACCUGGGCAUAUCGCGCGACACCGAUACGAUUAAAGUGCCGGUGCUUAACAUUACUGGAGCUUUGUCCCCGCACGUUGAUGACACCGUGACCUUUAACGGGCGUCUGCACCCUUCGAACUCCACUUGGAUGAAGAUUUCCGACUGCGCUAUGGUACUCGAAGAGCAACCAGCUAAGAUCUCCGAGGCUUUCCGUCUCUUCCUACAGGGAGAAGGAUACGUCGCGCCUCUGUCGCCGACGAAGAUCGUCGCCUUCCGUCGGCUAUCGGACGACGAGCAGCGCCGUCCCUGUCGCCACUCUCCAGUCAUCCGCAUCACCGAAAACCCGAUCUCAGAGGCAGUGGUUUGCUAAGCUGGGAGCGCGACUUGCUCCCCGUGAGCUCCGCGACGCGCUAGCUUCCUGCGGCACUCGCUUCUACGCUACAUCCAUCCUACGCAUCAUAUGAGGACCGUGCUUACAGGGCGACGUUGACUUCGUGUAAAUGUACUCGUUUUGGGAAAGAGUACUAAAUAUAUCACGUAUUGCCAUAUUCUGACUAAGUAUCACGUCAAAUAAAAAAAUAACCAAAAAAAAAAUAGGUACCAACAUCUUUCCCCGGCGAUUGCUUUGAUUAUUACCCGAUGUCAACUUUGUCCUGUAAGGUGUUCUUGACACAUAAACUGUUGGUGGCUAUUUAGUUGAUUUCGCGCCAAUUCGCUUCUGGUGAGUUGCUAUGUGGUUUGAAAGUUUGAUCAAUGAUGAGUAUGCAUAAAACCGGAUCGGCACAUUCGACGUAUAAUUCUAUAUUCUAUUGUACGUGUUUAUUAUUGUAACAAUCAUGUUUUAGGAUAGUUGAUUUAAUAAAUAUAUUAAAUUAUAUUACUAGAUCAUUUAAAAAAUCAUCAUAUGUGUGUUUCUGCAUAAUAAUCAAAUAAGUUCAUGUCAUUUUAUCCAUAUUAUUCUGAUGAUCAUAAAUACGUAGUGAAAGACGAUGUUGUAGUAGGUUUAGAAAUAGUUAAGCUGUUCAAAUUAGCGACAAAUCACGAAUAGACACAUAAGAAUUUUAUCAGUUGUAUGUGAACAUAUUUAAUCCUUCUACUAAAUUUAGCACAUUUUACUUGUUAAAUAAAGAAUGUUUUCAUUUCCUUUUACAAUAAAUUGUGUCUAUAAAUUAUAACAUCGUGAAUGUAAUAUAAGCAGUUUAUAAAAUAUUUAUACGUAAUGUACCUUUGUGUAUGUGACGUGCAUGUAAAACCUGUUGUGGUAUUG